UCGAAAAAGGGAACGCACAUUACCUACGUUGAUAAGAUGGCGCCGUGGCACGCGUGUAUCUGGCUGCCGUGCCUGUAACUGUUCUCCCCUUAACUCCAUUUGGCCAUAAACAAAAACAUGUAGAGUGAGAUGAUCAAAAAAUGUAAAGAUGACAAAUACCAACUACCUUUGACAACAAUAGUUUACUUAAGACUAAACGUUGCUAUGGCAGCGCGUGGCAUUAUUUUGGCUGCUCUUGGACUGUUGCUAGGAUACAAAUCUGUACAUGCGCAGACUAUCAAUAUACCAGGCACUUCAGCAGGCUCUGCAACGACCACGACACUAGACACGUACACCGCACUUGUCCCUGUAAAUAUCCGAUGUGUGAAUGAUCCCAUCAAAGGUCUGUCAUGUGCAGCCGAGUACCCGGACCAAUGUAGAGAACAAUGGAACUUCCCUAACCCCUGUACGCCAGAUAACAUUGCCAGGAACAUCACCAAGUUUGUCCAUCCUUUCGACUCUUCCAAGUUCCUUAUGUGCGGAGACUUGGGCAAACUCUAUGUCGUGCAGUGUCCGAGAUAUGAGUUGUUUCACGAGGGUUGUGGCCAGUGUGUGGGAGAGCAGGCCGGGCUUACCGCCUCCUGCGAGUUACCUCUAGAGCCAUACACAGAAAACCCGUGCACCAGACAGGCCAUCCUGGACAACAAGCUCUUUUUCCCAUUCCCCGGGAACCUGUCAAAGUUCAUUCACUGCGACAUCUGGGGAAAGGCCUGGGAGCGGAUAUGCACACCAGGAGAAGUCUGGAGUCAAUGGGCCGUAGCCUGUGUGCUCCCAAGCCUGCUUAAUCCAUGCGACCGGCCCAAUGUUGAUAUCACCUUCAUGUACCGCCAUCCUUGUGAUGCCACCAAAUACUUGCAGUGUGACGCAAGAGGCACAGCAUAUGUGGUUCCUUGCGAACUGGGAACUGCCUUCUAUGAACCUAACCAGAGGUGCGUACGUUUAGCCGACUACAGAGGCACCCUUCGUGAUAACUUCUGCGGCUAUUACACGUUCGGCUUUAGGAGGUACACAACCGUAGAUGCGCAGACUUCCGGAUCUGAUAUGGGGAGCGGCCAAAGUAUGGUAACUGUAAAUUUAUCUGGUGGAUCUGGGUCAGGAACAGGAUCAGGCUCUACGAUAGACAUGUCAGGUAACGCUGGAUUGAUGGCUGCGCUGGGUCAGCUAGGCGGGCCGAGCACAAGUCAAGGUCUUGGCUCAAUGGACAUGGGUGGUCAGGGAGCAUCUACUGGAACAGGACAAAAUCGUUUAGACAUGAAUGCGCUGUUGGCUAGUUUCGAAGCAUCUGGCAAGGGGGGACAGGGAGCUUCGAGCGGUUCUGGGAGCUCGUCGAAUGUCGGAAGCGCCGGUAGCGGUUUCAUGCAAGAAACCUCGAUGAGCUUUGGUCAGGGAUCAUCCAGCAACACGGGACAAGGAACCUCGGGUGGACAAUCAGGCGGACAGGUUUCAGUAACUACCCUAGACUUCACAUCGGGCACAGGAGGCAGCUCUAGUUCGGGUCUCGAUCUAGCAAGUUUAGCCAACUCGCUGUCUGCCCAGGGUGCUGGCUUUGACAUGUCAGGAACAGGUCAGACUACUCGCAACAUGGACCUUUCAUCUCUUGUUAACAGCCUAUCCGGAACCGCUGAUUCCUCUAUGACCGGAUCAGGAACAAAUACAGGUUCAGGCUCUGGCAGCGGAACUGGAAGUGGCUCAACAAGCUCGUCAAGAUUUUCGCAGACAUCAUUCACAGAAACCGGACCGCGCACUGGUACGAACGGAACCGGUACUUCAAUUAACGUCCAGAGUGGUCAGGCUGGAAUGGGAACCGGAAGUCCAGCUUCCAACAACGUAGACCAGCUCAACAAUGUCGUCCACGAUUGGCAAACGAGUGUAGACAUUUCCCAAUCCGGAGCACUCAACCCUGCAAGUACGGUCAACGACAUGAACCUGCAUCAGUCACAGUUGGAGUACUACGAUUUCUCAAAUAGACAAUACACAAAGCCCUGCACACCGGAAAACUUGAAGGCAGGACGCUUGUAUUUCAUGGUACGAAAUAACUCCCAACAGUACAUCCAAUGCGAUACUAAUGGCUAUAUGCAUUUGCGAUACUGUUCAACUGUCGCUUCAAUACCCUCAUAUUUUGACAUUUGGGCUUCAGUUUGCGUCGAUGGACCCAUCCAUGUAGACAACCAGGUAUCAAAAAUGGGAAAAUAGGCGCUUAGAAUUCACGGGACAUCGUUAUGCAUGAGUGUAUAUCUUCAUUAAUUAGUCUUUAUGGUCGAGUGUGAUUUGUUCAUGAAUAGUAUACCUGACUCCGAUACCAUUUGUAACCAUGUAAGGUCAUAAUCGUGAUGAAUUUUGAGUAUUUUGUAUGCAUCAAUUAAAGCAUUCGACUGACAGUGUAGAUUAAAACAUUAUAAAGUUCAUAACUUUUAUCUGCGUUCGGAAUAUAUGAGUAUGAAUCAUAAUCUGCAGUGAAUAGUGAAAAAAGAUGAUCAAUUAGUUCGCGAUACAGCAAAUUAAAAAAAAAACACACACUAAAUAAAUCAGUUAAUGGUCCAUCAUUAAGCUAUGUUUGAUCAUUGGCGCUAAGGUCACAGUUCUGGAAAAUGCUCUGUCAAGAGGUGAGCAGCGAAUCCAUCAUAUUAUAAAAUGACGAUGAUACAGGCAAUAUUUGCAUAAUUAUAUCCCGGAUAAUGUGGUUUCAACUACUUUAAGUAUAUGUUUAACGAAUAAGUAUUAAUGGCUUUAUAUUAAUCAUGAGUAAUUUUUGAACGCAGACCUCCCUUUGCUCGGAAAUGUUGCCUGUCAUUAUUAAAAUGAUUGAUUAACUUCGAAAUAUAUACUAAAAUGUCCUUAUAAGCAUUUGAUUUAUCGACUCCACACAUAACCCGUUUUAUAUUCAGUCAAAUGUGAGGAGCUCAUAACUUUCAAUAUUUAUAUACUUAUCAUUCUUACGAUGUGUACCUAUAUUUCAUAAACGAAGCCUCAAGGACAUUUUUUUUAUUUCUAAAAUAACAAUACCAAUAACAAAGUACAGUUGAAUCCCGUUGACUCGAACUCCCAGGAACCGACGAAAAUACCUCAAAGUUCGAACCAAGCGGUUCAGUUUAAAGAAAUGGGUCAUUAACAUCCAGUUCGAGCCAACGAGGAAUUCGAAUCAGUUAGACUGUACAUGCUAUACACGAAUAAAGAUUAUGGCGUAGUAGGUUAUACAUGUAUGUUUAAAUUUGUGAAUAAACUGGA